GGCGCGGUGAGAUUGUUAUCGAUCUGCACCCAUCCGUAGCGUCGCAAGCUUGAACAGUUACUUAAAAAAUCUGAAAUCUGAUCAAAGGGAAGAUGGCGUCGUCGCAAUCCUCUCAGGAGCUGCCGCCGCCGCAGCCGCAGGUGUCGCUGAGGAACUGCGGUCUUAGCCCACAUUUAUUGAAGACGCCGAGCAGAAGGAUUCAGGAUCCCGGGCUCUGGAAAUUCGCGAAGCGAAUAAACUCAGAGAUUCGACUGGGAGCCCUCGUGUGUCUCGGGUGCUACAAACAAUUGAAGGAACUGUACGUAAACAAGAUGGCCAAUGCAAGGAAGCACCAGGAGGAGCGCGAGGCUCGACAAAACAGCAUUUCGGACGUCAGCAGCGUCGGUAACCAGACAGGUGGAGAAGCUUCGCAAUCGGUAGCGAGCACCUACUUAUCCGAUGACGACGAUCCGAAUUCGAAUCUAAGCUUGAAUGCUGUUAAUGGGACGCGAUUGCCGCAUAUUCAGCCGAUACCCAGGAGGCGUCAGUUUCUCGUUCCAAACAAAAAGGUCAUGGAUAUUUACUUGGCCGGGACUACCGGCGGGUAAGCCAGAGAGUCUUACUUUGGGAAAAGUUUCGCAGUGUAUUACAAAAAUAUCCGACUGUAAAUUUUGCUGAGAAAUAUAAAACCAAGUACCUAUAUAAUGGGUAAAUAAAAAAUAUUAAAUUUAAAUCUAAAA